AUGGACAUGGUCGAUCACGUAGUCGAUGAGCGCACUAAAGAGCUGCAGCGUCCAGCCACCAACAUCAUUUUGCGGACGCAUACAGAGCCAUCCAAAGACCUUGAAGAGGAGCGUCGCAAGGCGACUUUCAACGUCCAAGAGCUCGCUUAUGUCUUAAAUGGUGGCAAGGAGCUUCUGGAGAAGAAGCAACGAUUUGCCGAAAUCCUGUCAAAGACACCUUGGGGCGACAAGAGCAGGCGAUACUUUCUGGGCCGCGAGGAGGAGUACGUGGGAGGCCUACGAGCCGCACUUGGCAUCUGGGAGAAGAUGAAGACUGAGGGCCUUGGUCUAGAUGAUGGGGCUCUGAUGCGCACGCUGGUGGACUUCCCGGGCGGCCUGGAGUUGCACAUUGGGAUGUUCAUUCCUUCAAUUCUCUCCCAGGGCAGUCCCGAGCAGCAGGCGAAGUGGAUGCCACUCUGCAUGGGGCUGAGGCUGGGCAUUCACAACAGGAUUAUUGGCACAUAUGCCCAAACGGAGCUAGGUCACGGCACGUUCGUACGUGGCCUGGAGACGACGGCGACGUACGACAGACAGGUGACUCCCGAGGGGCGCUAUGUGCCACCGCCGCCCUCGAACAGCAAGGCGUCGUACGCCACCAUGGUGUUCGUACGGGCCGACAUUGUGAAGAACGCCGGGUCGUCGCUCGGUCGCGCGGUGACGAUAGCAACGCGGUAUGCUGCCGUACGCCGCCAGACUGCCCCUGCACCGGGGGAACGGGAGCUGCAGGUAUACAAUACAAGCAAGGGGAAUGUGACACGUCGGCGUGUGUGUAUGCGUGUAUGUAUGUCACGGGGGGUAGAGGUUUUGGACUAUCAGAAUUGCUCGGCCACCUUGCUUCCCCUGAUCGCGUCGUCGUACGCGCUGUACUUCAUGGGGGAGUCCAUGAUGGCCAUGUACCGCCAGUUUGAGAGGGACCGCGACCGCGGGGAGUUUGGGGCGCUGCCGGAGCUGCAUGCCCUGUCAUCCGGACUUAAGGUGUGGGGUGGGUGGCUGGAUGUGUGGGCCCUGUGCACUUGGAUUACUGCGGAUGGCAUUGAGGAGUGUCGUCGUACUUGUGGAGGCCACGGAUACAGCAAACUGUCGGGGCUACCGACCCUGUUUCAAAACUACGUGCAGAAUGUGACGUGGGAGGGCGACAACAACGUGUUGUGUCUCCAGACGGCGAGGUACCUCCUCAAGGACGCGAAGGGCCCUGUGGGAAGAGAGCUUCUGACUUACUGGCGAUUUACCUUUCGGAAACGCACGCAAACCCACUUCGCCCCUUCUUUACUACCCGUCACCGCCCGCAUACUAAGUACGUACAUACAUACGCACGUACAGGCGCUGGCGGGUGUCCACAAGGGCACGUCGGCCUCUGGCAGCGCCUCCUACCUGAACGAGGUGGCGCGGGAGCUGGCCCCGGCCAGCCGCUGUACCGCCGCAUGUGACGAGUGCUGGCUGAGUCCGGAGGUGGCGGCAGGUGCGUUGAGACACGCGGCGGCGCGCAGCGUCGCGGCGGCGGCGGCGACGUUGACUUCGGCGACCGGUGGCAAGCUGGUGUUUGAGGGUCGGCCCUGGAACGAGAACACGGUGGACUCCAUCCGGGCAGCUAAGGCGCACUGCACCUUCAUCCUGCACCAGACCUUCAUCAAGAGCAUCGAACAACUGGAGGAAGCUGCCGCCUCCACCUCCGCGACCACUCCGGGCCAGGCCGUGGGUUCCUCAACUGCUGCGGUGCUAAGGCAGUUAGCGGCGCUGUUCGCCCUGGAGCAGUUGGAGCGGGAGGGCGGUGUGGCGGCAUUGCUGGAGGACGGCUACCUGAGCGCCGCCCAGGCGGCCUCGCUUCGGCGACGUCACCGGCUGCUGCUGACCGCCCUGCGGCCCAACGCGGUGGCGCUGGUGGACGCAUUCGCCUUCCCCGACUAUCUGCUCAACUCCGCUCUGGGACGGGCCGAUGGAGACGUGUACCGAGGUCUGCUGGACAUGGCCCCCGCUGACGCCACCACCGCCACCACAUCCUUCGUUAUGACUAGAUCCGAAAAGUUAAUCUGCUUCAGGCCUGCGGGCCAGCACCUCCACUGCCGCUACAAGCUCCUUCAGGGGAUGAGUGCCGCAGGUCCUCACCUGGCUGGCUGUGUCACCAGGCGGGGGGGGGACUCUGACACAUGCUUGCUGUGUGUGUGGGUGCUGUGGGAGGCAGGGUCGGUGCUGGGAGAGGGCCCCGAGCUGGGGGCCUUUGAAAUCAGGGACCUCGCCGCGACAGGCACUCAUCCCCUGGAGGAGCUUGUAGUGGCAGUGGAGGUGCUGGCCAGCCGGGCUGAUGCAGCUGUGGAGGUGGUCUGGGAAACACUCCAGUCCCUGUUGAGCAGUGACCCAUGGGUCAGGGAGGCGCCUGAGCUUGGUGGUGUGGCUACUAAAUAA